AAUGCAUCUCACGGACGUAGACCCGCCAAAAUAAAUUAAGCAUUUUUCUUAUAAAAAAGUAUUAAAAGACAAUGAAAACCGAAAUUUUCUCUUUUGGCUGAUGAUUUACAAUUUACGAGACUCGCACCGACGCUACGGAAGCUUCAUCUUGAUCGAAUCAGGUACUAGUUUUUUGGCUCGGAGGGUUGCAGCAAAUAAAUUGAUUCAGAAGCUGAGGAUAAAGCUAGGCUCCUUGUUUUGUUCCAUGCUCUGAUGAUGAUGCUGAGUAUUAGUAUCAGAGAACAAUGCAGCUUCCAUUGUGAUGGUUUUGCUGAAUUUUGGUCAUAGUGAAGUUACUAAAACUAACAUCAAUGGGUGUCAGCUAUAUAGCAAUUUCUGCGGCAUGUACAGCAUUAAGUUUUAUUGGUCUCCAGUUAUGGACAGAAUUAUCAAUAGAUAACCUAAGGUCAGAAAAAAUAAUUGGCGAAAAUCCCUUCAAGACAGAGAAUGCUGCCCCUGUCGUUGAUUUGCUCUUAAGUUCCUAUGUUACGGUUGGACUGCUGGCUAAUUUUGCACUUAAUGUGUUUGUUCUACUCAUACUAUUUCUAAAGACCAUAAUUUUUGUUGAGCUGUAUUCAUCUGAGAGUCGGAAAAUGGUGGAGCGUCUUGUUAAUUAUGUCAUUUACAAGGGAACAUUUCUGCCUCUGGUUGUUCCUCCAACAAAAUAUCAUGUUGCAUUGUGGUCUAUCUGGUUGGCUGUCUUAUGUUCAUUGAAGAUGUUUCAAGCAUUGGCUAGAGAUCGUCUCGAACGUCUGAAUGCAUCGCCUUCUGCCACAUCAUGGACAUAUUUCUGUGUAUAUUCUGUAUUAUUGCUGGUCCUCAUUGUUGAUCUUUCUGGGAUAAGAUUCUGUCUGAUGAUAUACCGAACACUGGGUUUAUCUCUGUUUCUCUUGUUGUUCUUUGAGCCUUUAAGCAUUGCUUUUGAGACAUUACAGGCAAUUUUGGUUCAUGGCUUUCAGUUACUUGAUAUAUGGCUUCAUCAUUCAGCUGGAAACAAUACAAAUUGUCAGUUCUCUAAGUUUUUUAAUAUGACAAUACCUGGUUUGUUGUGGGAAUUGAAAGGCACUCUUAUACGAAAUCUGGGAUUUUUCCUUGACAUGGCAACACUACUGAUGGCACUUGGUCAUUACGUGUAUAUAUGGCGACUUCAUGGAAUGACAUUUAAUCUUGUGGAUGCAGUUCUCUUCUUGAACAUUCGCGCCUUAUUAAGUGCAAUUGUAAAGCGAAUUAGAGGUUUCAUGAAAUUGAGGAAAGCAUUAGGUGCUUUAAAUGCAGCUCUUCCUGACGCAACACCUGAAGAGCUUCAAGCAUAUGAUGACGAAUGUGCUAUCUGCAGGGAACCCAUGGCCAAGGCUAAGAAGUUAAACUGCAACCACCUUUUUCAUCUUGCUUGCUUGAGAUCUUGGUUGGAUCAAGGUCUAAAUGAGUAUUAUUCAUGCCCUACUUGUCGAAAGCCACUUUUUGUAGGCAGACAAGAAAAUGAUGUAAAUCCUCGUGCAGGAGAAACUUUUAGUGAUGAGCAGCUUGCUCGUCAGAUAAGUGCAGGUCUUAAUAGACAGAAUGCUACUAUACCGACCCUCCCUACAGGGAUUUUCCCCAAUCAGACACAGAAUCCGGUUGAAGGCAGUCCUUGGAGAAGCACAAGUCUUGAUCCAAGUUGGUUGCAUGACUGGACCAGCCAGAGCAUGGAUGGAGCUGGUCCAUCGAAUGCUGCUAGAUCAGUUGGAUUAGGUAGAGUUCAGAUGAUGAUGAGACAUCUUGCAUCUGUUGGUGAAACUUAUGCCCAGACAUCAAUUGAAGAUUCUGCUUGGAGCCUUUGGCCUCUUAAUCCAUCACAGGUUGUUGCUGGUGGUUCACAAGUUCCUCGAAAUGUUGUUGGAAGACAUCCUGGUAGUAUGGGUGGUUUAAAUAUGAAUGUAGCUCGUGCCUCAAAUGAAAAUCUAGCCAAUAUACUUGCCAUGGCUGAGACAGUUCGAGAAGUUCUACCUCAUGUCCCCGAUGAGUUGAUUUUUCAGGACUUGCAGCGUACAAAUUCUGUCACAGUCACUGUGAAUAAUCUUCUUCAAAUGUGACUGUCAUGCCAGUGACAUCCUUGUUUGCUUGUGCUUCAUAAGAUCUUUUCAGAUCCUACCCUUCCCCCGUAGCUAAAGCUCAAGGAGGAUAGGUAAAGGUAAUCACAUCGGUUAAAUUAAGACAUACAAUUUCUUUUCAUCUUUCUUUAUCUCUGCAUUCCAUCAUAAAAUUUUCUCCUUUUAAAUAUUAAACAUAUAUAUGAUUUCAAGUAGCCAAUUGUAUCCAGCUCUGUUUCAAGAGAAAAAAGUGUGAAAAACUCUCAUUUUAUUUCUUGAGAUGCAGAUUGCAGAUCACUGCAUUCCCGACCCAAACUACUGUGUAUUUGUCUACAUUACUUUGCAAAAACCUCCAUAAUAAAUGGAGUACUUGGCUAUUGUACAUAUCGAUGUAUAUAUAUUGUUGUAUUGUUUUUAACUGUAAGCCAGUAGUUUCUCCUGACAUCUCUUUGCAGGAGUUAUUGCCAGCUAAAGGGAUAGGAGGAUUCUGAAUAAAAUCGGCUGCACUUGCAUUUCAA